GCGCCGAGCUGGGGCGGGGGCCGGCGGCCGGCAGGGGGCCGGCGGAGGCGAGCGGCGCGGCCCCAACUUUAUGCUAAUCCGCGCAGAGCCCGCCUCCCGCCUCCCUCGGCGGCCCCAGGCGCGAGCAGCGCCGGCCACUCCGCGGGACCAGCGGCCGCGAAGCGCCAGGCGGCCGGGCCAGCGAGCUCCGGGGAGCGCGCGCGGCGGCCGGACCGGGCACCCCCCCCGCCCGCGGGGCCAGGUGGACAGCCGCGGGCCGCGAUGGGCCGCCGCCUGCCGGUGUGGCUGUGCGCCGUCGCCGCGCUGCUGUCGGGGGCGCAGGCCAAGGGCACCCCGCUGCUCGCGCGGCCCGCGCCGCCGGGCGCCCCCCGCUACAGCCUCUACACGACCGGAUGGCGCCCGCGGCUGCGCCCGGGGCCGCACAAGGCCCUCUGUGCCUACGUGGUGCACAGGAAUGUGACCUGUGUCCUACAGGAGGGAGCAGACAGCUACGUGAAGGCCGAAUACCGACAGUGUGGAUGGGGGCCGAAGUGCCCGGGGACAAUCAUGUACCGAACAGUGCUCAGGCCCAGAUACAAGGUUGGCUACAAGACAGUGACGGACCUUGCCUGGCGGUGCUGCCCUGGCCUCACUGGAGAAGGCUGCCCCGAGCACCUGACGGACCACGGGGCCACCCCAGCCCAGCCAGAGCCUGAGCCCCAGAUUCCCUCAGGGCAACUGGGCCCAGGGCCCCAGGCCCCUUCUUCUAGCAGAGUGGCCCCCAGCCCCUAUGGAAGGAAAGGCCCAGGGCUGUUCGGUGAGCGGCUGGAACGCCUAGAAGGUGAUGUCCAGCGCCUGGCACAAGCAUAUGGUACCCUCAGUGGCCUGGUGGCCAGCCACGAGGACCCCAACAAGAUGACUGGAGGUCCCAGGGCCCCAGUCACCCCCGUGGGCUUCGGGGUCAUCUCUGAGGGGUUUGUGAAGCCCAGAGACAGAGCUGGAGGGCCGCUCCCACCCCCCCUCGACGAGAUCUUGAGCAAGGUGACAGAGGUGAGCAACACGCUCCGGACCAAGGUGCAGCUGCUAGACGAGGUGCACGGGCUGGCCCUCGGCCACGAGGCUCACCUCCAGCGGCUGCGGGAGGCCCCUCCGUCUCCGCUCACUUCCCUGGCGCUGCUGGACGAGUACGUGGACCGGCGGCUGCAGCGCCUCUGGGGAAGCCUGCUGGAUGGCUUCGAGCAGAGACUGCAGGGUGUCCAGAGCACGUGCGACCUGCGGGUGCAGGAGGUGCGGCAGCAGUGCGAGGAGGGCCAGGCGGCCAGCCAGCGGCUGCACCAGAGCCUGGACGGCCGGGAGCUGGCCCUGCGCCGGGAGCUGUCACAGCUCGGGACCAGGCUGCAGGGUCUGAGCGUGGCCGGCGGGAGCAGCUGCUGCAGCCGGCUGGCCUUGAUCAGUGCCCGCGUGGACAACCUCGAGAGGAACCUACGGGCGGUCGCUGAGGCUCAGAGGGGCCAUGGCCCCCUCGCCACGGAUGAGCUCGAGCGGCUCUCUGCUGCCAUGCUCGAGGGGGGUGUGGAUGGGCUUCUGGAGGGCCUGGAGACCCUCAAUGGGACGGAGGGCCGGGUGCGAGGCUGCUGCCUGGGGAUGGAGGAGGGUGGCUGGGAGGCGGGGGGCUUCAGGACCACGCUGGAAGAGCGGGUGCGGAGCCUAGAGGAGCGCCUGGCGGCGCUGGCCGCGGAGCUCAGCCACCACGGCGCGCCACCCCCACCGGGCAGGCCAGCCCGGCCCCUGGUGCAGACGGAGCUGGCGGUGUUGGAGCAGCGGCUGGUUUCCCUGGAGACCUCGUGCGCCCCCAGCACCACCUCAGCCAUCCUGGACAACCUGGCGGCGGAGGUGAAGGCCUGGCAGAGCCGGAGUGAGGCCCUCCUGCGCCAGGUGGCCGGCCACGCCGCCCUGCUCCGGCAGCUCAACGGCACCGUGGCCGAGGUCCAGGAGCAGCUGGCCGAAGCGACGGGCAGCUCACUUCAAGGCGAGAUCACUCUGCUCAAGGUCAACCUGAACUCUGUGAGCAGGUCACUCACGGGCCUCAGCGACUCCGUCAGCCAGUACUCUGAUGCCUUCUUGGCCGCCAACUCGUCCCUGGACGAGCGGGAACGCAAGGUGGAGGCCGAGGUUCACGCCAUCCAGGAACAGGUCAGCAGCCAAGGCUCUCGGCUGCAGGCUGGCCACAGGCAGGUCCUGAGCCUGAGGGGGGAGCUGGAGCGGCUCAAGGCUGGCAUGGCCGACGUGGCCGGCGGGCUGAGCCGCUGCCAGGACACGGCCCAGGAACUGCGGCACGUGGUGGGCCACUUUGACCAGCGGGUGGCUCAAGUGGAGGGUGCAUGUGGGAGGCUGGGCCUACUGGCUGCGGGCCUGGACAGCUUGCCCACUGAGUCACUCGGGCCCAGGGAAGGCCUGUGGGGCUACGUGGACCAGCUGAAUCGCACGCUGGCUCAGCACGCACAGGACAUCGCCCGCCUCCGGGAUGACCUCCUGGACUGCCGGGCCCAGCUGGCCGAGCAGGUGCGGCCCCGGCAAGCCGACUAGGCGGGUCAGAGAGGACCUAACCCUGGAUCUCACCAACCCUGGGGGUGUCCCUCCAGAGCCCAGCCUUGCCCAACAGUGCCUCCCAGCCUCUCCCUGGCCGGCAUGGAUGCCACUUCAGAGGCCACGGAAAGACUAGCCUUGGUCCAGCUCCAUAGGACUAUCCCAGCCAUGAAAAUCAACACUCGUACCAACUGGACGAUUCAGGAUCACGGUCAAGGCAAGGACAUCAUGCCUGAAGGCCAGGGCGGACCUAAAGGACCUCACAGUCCGGUCUGCAUUGCUCUUCUGCAGAUAUACAGGGUCAUCACCUCUACAGAGGCCCGCAGGUCCAGUCCCACAUGGCGGCCUAUCCACAUCUUCCUCUGUCCCUGGGCAAUAGCCCCCAGCCUGGGGAGGCUUCCGGUUCCCUCGUCCCCUUGACCUCUCUCCCUAGCCAUCCGGGCUCAGUUUCUGCAGGAAGGUGGCGCCCACUGGC